GGGCAUGAUUUUCCCCCCAUUUAAUUUAAAUCUUUUAUAUUUUAUUUUUUUAUUUAACUAAACAAAAUAUGACUCAUUAAAAUUUGUUUUAAUAAAAUGCAUUAUUUUUAUGAUCCUUUCAUGUGCAUUAAAGUCAUUUUAUCAGACAGCACUUCAGCAGCAAUGAGAGGAUAUUUACUUAAUUAUUAUAUUAUAAAUUGUGUUGAAGUAUGUAACAAUCGCACAGCUUCGUACUGCUAAUGUUUUUUUUUUUUUAGAUAUUGUGACCCUGAAACACGUGAGUGGCAUUGAAAGACGGCCACAUUCUGCACCACACACGGUCGGUCUCUCUCUCUCUCUUGUCACGGAUGAUUCUGCCUGGAGAUCAGCUGAUCGGAUCUGACGGUUCUGUUUGAUCGGAUCUGAUCGUGAUGCAUCUCGUAGAUUUUAUCGCCGGUUCUGUCGGAGGAGCUUUUGGUGUGGCGGUGGGCUAUCCAUUAGACACAGUAAAGGUGAGAAUUCAGACUCAGAAACACAAUGGCGGUGUUUGGGACUGUGUCAGACGACUGUGGAGGACUGAAGGAAUCAAAGGUUUUUACAGAGGGAUGUCCAUGCCUGUCACCACAGUGUCCAUCAGCUCUUCUAUCGUGUUCGGCACGUACAGAAACGUGCUUCAUCAUUUACACAACAUGCGUGACAGACGCACAACAGACGCACAUCAUAAGGUGGAUAUAUUUGUGGCAGGGUUCGCCGGUGGAGUUGCUCAGGUUUCGGCGAUGGCCCCCGCAGACAUCGUGAAGGUUCGUCUUCAGUGUCAGACCGAAACGCUUUACCGCGCUAGACCAGACUCAAGGCCAAAAUAUCGCGGUCCACUACAUUGUGCGCUGAGCAUCGCUCGUGACGAGGGUCUGACUGGACUCUACAGAGGCUCGACGGCUUUAGCGCUGCGGGACGGACCUUCAUUCGCCACUUACUUUCUCACUUACAACACCAUCUGUGACUUACUGUCUGCAGGGAACAAACAUGCAGAUUGGCCGGUGGUUCUGUUAGCUGGCGGAGUCUCGGGCAUGUGCGGAUGGGCCGUAGGGACGCCGAUGGACGUCAUCAAGUCCCGUCUGCAGGUGGACGGUAUGAACAGACGGCGCUACAGAGGAUUCGUUCACUGUAUAACAGACAGCGUAAGGACUGAAGGUGCGGCGGUUCUGUUCAAGGGUUUGGCUGUUAACUGCAUACGGGCCUUUCCCGUCAACAUGACCGUCUUUGCCACGUAUGAGCUGGUUCUUCGAAUUCAGUCAACAUUGUUGUAGAUUAAAAAUCAUAAUCGGAGAUCAUUUAUUCUUCACUGAAGAAAAUCUUGGACAUGACGAUCAAACUGUGGCCUUCAGAGUUGAGCAUCUUUUACUGGAAACAUUUUAUGUAUUUUUAUAACAACCUGUAGAAUCUAACAAACACUUUUUAUUUAUUUAUUUAUUUAUUCUUUCUAUUUUCUAUGUAUUGUAUUAUAAAGAGUUUUGCUGUGCCCCUCCAGAUGCAGUUUCCAAAUACAAUUAUUCACAAACAUUGACCAGUUUCAGUUCAAGUCAAGUUUUUUUGGUACAUAUUUUCUCUGUUUAUUUAUGAUGCACUCAAUUCUCUGUUGUUGAGAUAAAACUUCACGAUAUUCGUGGUGUGAUGUCACAUUUGUAAACUUUAAGGAUUUGUAUGAGACUUUCAUGUAUGUCACAUGCUGACAUCACUCGAGACGUGUUUUAUAUCUAAGAUGAACACAUUUUCUGCCAGAUGUUCAUUUAUUUAUUUAUGUCAUAGAUUCAAGCAGCGUUAAAUAAAUCAUCAGUUCUGUAAUAAUUA